UUUUGGACAAAUAAAAUACCCCUUUUCUUUUGUCACAUCUCAUUCUUCAUUCUUCCUUCCAACAAAUUCAAACUCAACAAUAUUCCUUCAAAUUCAUCAAUUUUCAAAUUCUUGAAAUUAGGAUUCUUUUCUUUCUUCAAGCAACUCAUUUACACAUCCAAUCAUGCCCCGGGCAAGAAAUGAACACAGGAAACAGAAAAUCCACUGCAAAUUAGCCUCAUUUUCAGACACCAAACCUCGUUCAUCUUCCAUGGUAACAUCCAAUGACAGCCAUGCAACUGAAUCAAGAAACUUGGUUGGCAAGAAUUCCAAGAAAAAGAAGAUGCUUUUGUUUGUGAAAUUUAGAGGGCUGGGGUGUAAAGGGAGUUCAUUGCCUGCAUCAACGCCGGCAAUCAUCCGGUCGGCCGCUGAUUGGGAAUCUAAGCAGACAGGGAAGGAAAGAAACCGUAGGAGGAAAAGAGAGCAGGAAAACCGGAGAAAUCCAGGAAACGUUGUGGUUGAUGUCCCUGAUGUUUGUUGCACUCCUCCAGGAGUCGGGAUUGCUUCUGAUUUUGCACCGAGGACUAGGAGCAAUGCCCCAAGAAUUGAUCACAGAAAGCAUCCUCGUGAAGCUAGGAGAAAUGAAGAUACUUCAGGUCCAAAUUUUCCGGCAAUUUUAUCAAGUGGUUUUGGCUCAAGAAGUAAUCAUGGGUCUGCAGGGCAGAUCAUAGAGACACUGAUGUCCCAACAAAGAAUCCUCCACGGACAAGAUCGAUACCAAGACUGGAGACUCAAUGUCGAUGAUAUGUCUUAUGAGGAGCUGCUUGAUUUGAGUGAGAAGAUUGGGUAUGUGGGCUCUGGCUUGCGAGAAGAAGAGAUAUCCAGGUGCCUAAGGAGAUUCAAGCACUUCAACCCUGAGAGAGAUUGGAAAUGUAGCAUUUGCCAAGAGAAAUACAGAAGAGAUGGUGAUGUAGUUACAUUAGAUUGUGGUCACCAUCAUCAUGUACGAUGCAUAAAGCAGUGGCUCCUACAGAAAAAUGAGUGUCCUGUCUGCAAAUCUCCUGCCCUGCCCGGCAAGUCCAGAUGAGCAUGCGUGUUUGUAUCAUUUCUGGCAACCAUGUAACAUUAGGUUGCAGAAGCUGUUAAAAGAAGAUAUUAUUUCCCCAUAGCUACCCAUGUUGUUUGCUAAGCUAUUUUAUUUGCAAUUCUAAUAGCACAAGCAGUUGCAUUUCCUCAAUCAUUCAAAUCCAUUUAAUUUCUUAAUAGUUCCGUGGUUGGAGGAGUCUGGCCGUCAAGAGACUUCCAAGCACAAUCCCUCCAUUACCAGCAAUAUGAUAGUUACAUUUGUCACUCAUGUCUUUGGCAUCGAACAAAAGUUCAUGUUUCAUAACAUAAAAUCGUUAUCAACUUGUCAUAAAAAUCUGCAUCACAUGUAUAUUCCUUCAAGUUGUAAACUCAUGUUACAUAUUCUCUUCAUUAAAUACAAGCUGGUAGAUUACAUAAAACAACAGAACUACAAAGUCCGGGCAGUACCCAUGAGAUUGCUGUAGAUUAGGUUGAACAGGCACUACCCCUAUGUUCUAGAAUCAACGCCCAAUAAAUUGUGUCAAUACAGAUACUUCUAGUUCACAAUUUUUGGAGAGGAAAACGAAAUCAAAUCUGAAUAUGAAA